GCACGCGGUAAGGGGGUAUUGCGUAUGGACUAGUAGGGAUCAGUGAGGUACGCUCCAAGGACAUUCGAUAAGUCAAAGUAUAGUCCGAGUGCAGGCGCAAACUUUAGCGAGUGACUGUACACCGCUCGCCACAUUGGCUGCCUUCGAAAGUAAACAACGGCGGAAUGCUGCAGUAACCGGCGUUUUAAUAAAAAAUAAUAGAAAGAACAAGAGAGUGUAAAUAAAAAACUGCAGAGAACUUUUAUACGAAAAAUGACGAGAAAUUCAAACAAAAGCAAAGUCACUGCUGGUGGCAAAUUGUUAGUGGCUAAUGAUGUUCCGAUUGAAAUUCAUCUCGAUGGCUUCCCAGUUUUGGAUUUUCUUCGUACUUCCAAUGUGAUAAAAAGACAUGGGGGGACAGUGGCACUUCCUGGUGAAAGAACUCUUAUUUUGUCAGCACCAGAUCGUCCACGAGGCACACAAUUCCUUCAAUUUGAUGUCAAGUGGCUGUAUGACAGCAUUAAACACAGCAAACGUCAGGACAUUGGGAAAUAUCUACUUCCAGCAGUGCCACUCAACAACAACUCUAAGCAGACCCCCACUUUCGAAAAGCCUUCAGAGGUCCAGAUUCAUGAUUCAUGUGAAUUUGAGGCAGAUCCACGUCAAAACGUCCAUUCACACCGUAUGCCAGCCUUCAUCAACCACACAGAGCAGAUGAAAUGCAAUGAUGAAAUAAACUCAGACGCUAUUCCAGAAGCGAAACAAUCAACAAACGCCCUUGGCCACGCGAGUGACGGCAGUUCAGCAUUUGUGAAUUUCACACGAGACUUUUCGGAGAGCAAUAAACCUUCCGUUUUGUUCCCAGAAGUAAAAAAAUACAAGAGCCUAAUGCCCAAUGCUCAGUCAAUCGACAUCAACAUUAUCCCUGCGCUCAGCAGAAUGGACGUCACAGACGACAACUCAAGGGCUAUCGACAAAUCAAUCAAUCAUAAAAGAAAGGAUAUCAGUUUCUUCGAUGACAUCAAUGAAAGCGAUGCAGUUGUUAACGGCUGUUGGAGAUUCGCCAGUAAGACUAAUGACACUGAGAAAAUACAUGAUACGGAAGUCAAUUACUAUUUUGAAGGGGAGACGGAUUCCCCCACAACUAAAUCCAGUCAUCCUUCGUCUGAUUUCAAUGACAAUGAUUGCCAAAUGGACGUCGGAAUGACAGCACACAAUGAAUGCUCAGAAACAGUACCGUUGAAGCCGACAUUGGAUAAGUCUGUGCAAAUCGAUUCAUUACGUGAUGUGAGAUUCUCUCGCGAAGAUGAUCUGAAAAUCGUAAAAUACCUGAUUGACAAGAAUGCAAUUUCAAGGAUUCAGGGGGCCUCUGUUUGGUUCCAGAUGGAGUAUGACAAAAUUCUACCAAAUCGUGCCGCCGCCACUUUGAGAUAUCGUUUCGAGGAAAAGUUGAUAGACAACAUCAGUCGAUAUACCGAUGAUCCAGUAGCUUUGAAACAAUUCAAUGCUUUCAAGCCAGGUGCACAAGAUGCAAAGGACUGCAGCAACAAUUAAUCACUGAGAUGAACAUGCUGGAGAUGUUAUCGCACGAGAUUAGAAAGCUACGAGUAACAUAGCGUAUAAACCUUUUCGUCACAGCGUGAUGAAAAAUAUUAUUCGUAACUCGUGAAAAAAUGUUUUUUGGCUCGUGGGAUUGUAUC